AUAACCUAAUUGUUAUUAUAAAAAAGGAUGAUUAAACUUUAAUUUGAAACAUAUCCAGAAUUUAAUAUUAUAAUAUCAAUUAAACCAGGCUAGUGCUACUUGAAAAUGGCCACAAGCAGACUGGAAAGAAUCGGUACUAUAUUUACGAGAGUUGAAGGACUCUUAUCACGCGGUGCUAUGAAACCUGAUGAUCGUCCAAUAUGGUUCGACGUAUACCGCGCUUUUCCGCCUUUAAUUGAACCUAAAUUUGCAAGACCGAAGUCUGAAAAAAAACCUAUUAAACAAAUUCUAUACAAAGAAGAUGUUGUUAGAGCGAAAUUCCAUACAAAAGGACAUGGCAUAGGAAGCAAUAUGCUCAGCCCCUAUGGAGAAACUCAAACAAAGAAGUUAUUACAAAAAUAUGAACAGCUGCAAAAGGAGGGCAUACCAGAAGAAGAAAUCAUCGAAAAAUCGGUUGCUUCAGUCAUAAAUGAACGAAAUGCAGAAUCGGUUAAAAUAGAUACAAUAAAUCCCGCAUCUGUGACUGGACAAGUUUUAUCAGAAGCUAAUAUAAAGAACAUAUUUAAAGAAUAGAGAAUUAACUGAUGAUAAGUAGUUAGGUAUAUUGUUUAGUUUUAGUUAAACAAAAUAAAUGAUAUGAGUUUUAA